AUAAAGUUUCGUUGACAAAAUUUCAAACCAAGAUGGCAGCGUGCAUACCGCUCUCUGUAAAGAUGUCACCCUCAGCCUCAGCGGGCUUUAGGUUCCUUUUAGCUGAAAGAUAUUAUUCCGGAAAGCUUUUAAAAUCUUUUAAAGACUUCUACAGACGAGGCUACUCGGUGAAAGCCCGGCAGGUGGAGGAGGAGAGCGGUGUGAGCGCCGCCGGGUUCAGCGGGCCUCUGGAUCACUACAGCGGGCUGAUCAGAGACGGGACGCUGCGGGAGGACGAGCACCAGAAGGCGGUGCUGCAGAAACUGGACCAGCUGCACAAAAUCCUGAGAGGAUACAGCAACACUCCCACGUCCAUAUUCUCCAAGUUUUUCACGAAACCAAAGCCUCCUAAAGGCUACUACAUCUUUGGAGAUGUCGGCACAGGAAAAACUAUGGUGAUGGACAUGUUUUAUUCAUACGUGGAGACGGAAAAGAAGAAGAGGGUCCAUUUCCACGGGUUUAUGCUGGAUGUGCAUAAAAGGAUCCAUCGGCUGAAGCAGAGCAUGCCGAAAAGAAAAGCGGGAAAAAUGGCCAAAUCUUACGACCCCAUUGCUCCAGUGGCUGAGGAGAUCAGUGAGGAGGCCUGUCUGCUGUGCUUUGAUGAGUUUCAGGUCACUGAUAUUGCCGACGCCAUGAUUCUCAAGCAGCUUUUUGAGAAUCUCUUUCAGCACGGUGUUGUUGUUGUGGCCACUUCCAAUCGGCCCCCUGAAGACUUGUAUAAAAACGGGCUGCAGAGAGUCAACUUUGUGCCUUUCAUUGCUGUAUUGCAGAAAUACUGCCAAACUCUUCGCCUGGAUUCGGGGAUCGACUACCGCAAACGGAACAGACCCUCAGCUGGGAAGCUCUACUUUCUCUCCAGCGAGCCUGAUGCAGAAGCGACUCUGGACAAGAUGUUUGAUGAGCUGGCUUUCAAACAGAAUGACAUAACACGACCAAGAGUUCUGAAUGUUCACAACAGGAAAGUGCGUCUGGACAAAGCAUGUGGGACCAUCGCUGACUGUACGUUUGAGGAGCUGUGUGACAGACCUUUAGGAGCCAGUGACUACCUGGAGAUGUCCCGGCUGUUUGACACCAUCUUCAUUCGACACAUUCCUCUGCUGACGGUGAACAAGAAGACUCAGGCCAGGCGGCUCAUAACACUAGUGGAUGCCCUCUACGAUCAUAAGGUUCGGGUGGUGAUUCUCGCAGAUCACCCGCUGGAAGACAUUUUCGUACACGACGGGGAUCACGGUCACGACGAAAGCCACAUUCUGAUGGACGAUCUGGGCCUGAAAAGGGAAGAGGCGAGCAGUCUGUCCAUCUUCAGCGGAGAAGAGGAGAAAUUUGCCUUCCAGAGGACAGUUUCUCGACUCACGGAGAUGCAAACAGAAGAGUAUUGGUUGGAGGGCGACAGAAGCUUGAAAUCGCAGGUGUAACAUUUGUUAAACAGCCUCCAUCCUCCAUAAACUGAGCUCCUCUCUGCCAAAAACAGCCCAGACUGAACACUACUCCUACUCACCUUAUCCAGCACAAACCCAGUGGGGCUGCUCCACAGUAUGUUGGACAGAGAAUAUUUAUUUAUUGCUGUCUUGGGUGCUUUUAUCAUUUGAAUGCUAUGUUGCACUUUAUGGAUCAAUCUUAAGAUGGACUUCGGGGUGUCAUAUUUUGCUUUUUUGUGCCAUAUUGAGGUCCAACUUUUUAAAUAUCUGCGGGAAAUCAACUGGACGACUUUUGGAAAUGGAAUCCAGAAGGACUUUUAUGAAGAUUUAAGGGACAUUUUAAUCUGAUGUUUUUUGAGAUACGCAGCGGUUUUAGAAAAUCUUAUGCAUUUGUAUAUGAAUUUAACAUAAUUAUACAUACAGUGGCAGCAGAUGUGAGUUGUAAAAUGACUACAUUCAUCAGUAUUUUUCAUUUAACAGAUGAAAAGGAAACAUAAAACACAUCCACUACAUAUUACUGCAAGAUACUUUGGUGCAUCUGUGUCUGCAAAUGAAACGUUUCGGUGCUGGUUGAUGUUUAACCCGAUGCAUAUUUACAUGAAUCUUCGCUUUAUUUAAACACACUAAUACGCUCUGGCUGACGAAAACAAAGACUGCACUGUGUGGGAAGUGAAAGUGAGAAAAAAACCUUCAGAGUUUAUCUCCCGUACAAACAAAAGUGUUGCAGGUACAAACAGACAGUUGGUGGUAUUUUGUUUGUUUUUUUCUUGCAAAAAAAAGCUAAACCUCAAGUCUCGUUUAAAGCUGUUUCAGAUCAGAAGAUGUAGGUUUCUUUAACUGGGAGUUGCAUCGAGUCAAAUGACGUUCUUUAACUUGCAAAAAAUCCAAAGUUGUGUCAGUGAGAUUCACUAAAACAUCAUUCAAGGUUAGAUUAAAUGGCAACAAAGAGGAACAAUCGACUUGUAUAAUGAUUCAUUGCAAAUAUUCUGACUGGAUGAAGCCACUUUUGUUCAUUUAUAUACAAAUUUAAAACCUUUAAAAUCUUUGUGCAAGCUGCAUUUACACUUUUCCUGAGAAAUAUUUCAUUAAACAACUUGUAGUUGCACUUAAGAUGUGACAAUCUGGCUGUAAUGAACCAGAUUUAAGAUGUUUUAAUGCCAAUAUGCGUCAUUUCAAUCCUAAAACAAAAGAUUUAUAUUAAAGUACAAUAAUUCAUCGUUAUGCGUUAAAUCAGAUGUAAAAACUCAUCUUGUUAGUUUUCAGCCACAACUCAUUUGACAACGUGUUAAAAAAAGAGACUGUUUUGAAAAUAAUACUGAUAUGCUCAUAUGUCAUGAUUUCAUUUCAAAGAAAGUCCAUAUAUGUGAUAAUUAAACCAUUUCUUAGCAAAUUU